UAGCGCUAUUUUUAAAUUUAAGCAAAUAUUAUUAUCAAAAAAUAAUUACAAUGUUUCUUAUACUAAGCAGACCUUGAAUGUUUGCAUAAAUUUUACAUUUUUAUUCUGUACUGGUUAAUAUCUAGUAUUGCUGUAUAAAAUUUUAAGGUUAGAAAAGUUGAUAACGCUUUAACGGAUCUUAGUCAUCCUUUGUGGUUUCCUCACGGUUUCUUAUACACAAAAUGUUUACAAAAAUAAUAGAUUAGAAAAUAUUGUUUCCUUAAAAAGAAACAUUUAUUGAUGUUUUAAAAACAAUGAUAAUUUACCAAAAUAAUAUUACAUUUUAAUAUAUAAUAUCCGAAGAUAGUUUUUCGUGUCAUAGUAAGAUUUUUACAACAGACUGUACCUUAAUGUUAUGGCCACUUGUCAAAGAAAAUUUUUAUACUAAUUUUUGUAGCAUAUGCUAACCAUCGCAAAAAAAUAUGCGCAAUUAUUUUUACAAAAAGAGAGUGAAGAAUGUAAGAUUUAAUAUAAAAGUUUCGUGACAUGCUUUAAAUGUCAACGAAAAAAUGCUUUCUGCUUAUAUUUUCAUAUUGUGGAUUGUUCUUUCGGAAGGAUCGUUUAUUAACAACAACUUUUGUGAAUAUAAAUGCAGAUUGAAGAAUAGUAAUCAGACAGUCGUCAAUGUCCAUAAAACUGGAAAUUUAUGCAGUUUGGAUAAUGUUCCAAAUAAAGUUACAAUGACAGUUAUGGAAACAGCUGAAGGCGUUUCAACUGAAGGUAUUGUAAGAGUUAACUUUAGUCCUCCCAAAGAAGAAUGUCGUUAUAAAAUUGCACUUGUAGUAAAUCCUCUUAUUAAAAGUUCUGAGGAAUGUGAAAAAGUUAUAUUUCACGCGAAAGGAAUUGAUGUACAAGAAGUUCACACUGCCGAAAAAUCUUAUUGCAUUUUAAAUAAUUAUUUAAACAAAAGUCAAGAAUCACAAACUCCUUAUUGUCAGGAUCAGAAACUAACAAUGUGGUACGAAAACAUUUUCACAGGAUGUUACGCUCUAAGAUUUCGAAUCAGUGAAAAUGAAUUUGUCUUUAGAGGUCAAUUAUUUAUAAAAACAGAUCAUUUACACUCUUCGAUUAAUGCACCGGACUUUCAUUGCAAAUACACUUCUGUUCCAAAUGAUUCCGAUCCCAGUUUUGAAAAGCUGACGUUUUCCACUAGUACUUCGAAUGAUAUUCGCUUUGCGGGAUUACAGCAGCAAAUUGCCGUCUUGUCCUCUUUAGAGCGAGACAAGGAAAAUUCUUGUGUGAAAUUUAAUAAGCGUACUAUUUUUUCACAUACAAUAUACACGGACAGGAUAAAUGCAACUUCGAAUAAUUGCACUUUAACGAUUGCUGAAAAGGGUUCUGGACAAAAUGUCGAGUGCAAUUUUGAAUUUCAAAGUUCAAAGAAUACAAGAUUCUGUUUUGUGAUUCAUUUUCUUGAUGACAGAUGUAAAAAGGCAACAAGAUGGAAUCCGCCUCUAAAGGGUUAUCUUCCUUGCACAUGGGUUCAAACUUGUACGAAAAUAGAAACAGAUCCUUUGCUCGUUAUUCGCGGUGGAAGUCUGCAGGAUCAAGAGCAAAUUGCUUCCACCCAACUAUUAUGUCUUCCAUUCAUAAUUAUUGCGUUCAUAAUAUUUUUGACGAUAAUUGGAAGCAUUUAUUGCAUACACAGAUUGCGUUCGAAGAAUUCAAAGUGCAAUUCAAGCACUUGUUCCAUAGAUUUAAAGGAAGAAGACGACUCCAAGUAUUUUGAAACUGAUGAGUUUCGAUACGAAGACGAUGCGAAGAAGGAAAAAAGAAAUGAUAGAGAUAUAAUUCUUUUGUACGUUAAAGGACCUAAAUCGUUCAUGAAGAUGAUGUCCGAUUUUCGAAAUAUUCUAGAACGAUGCCUGAAGUGUCAUGUUUACGAUUGGUUUGCGCCAGAAGAAUGGGACAAUGUUGCCACUGUUGGUGGCUAUGAGUGGAUUGGAAAACUUCUGAAAAAGGAUUGUCGUGUUGUUUGGAUAGACACAUCGAAGGCAAGAGCAUUAUUUGCUUCACAAUACAAUUUAAUUGACACAAAUGUUUCACGAAAUAAAGAUGUCGAGGAGUUUAGCGAUUUUCGUGAUUGUGUCUUUCCAGCGAUAGUAGAUUUAGCCAAACGUAGUUUGCAGCAUAUUUUGUUGCAAUAUUCGAGGCAUUUUGUCGUCAGGAUCGAAGGACUUGAUACUCUUGAUGAAGGGAGUGAUCCUUUUUCCGAUCUUUCACCUCAUGCUCGAUAUAUUAUACCCCAUCAUCUGCGAGAACUUUGUUCUCAUUUAUCAGUGCCGAUGUCAGUACCGGAAAAGCAUGUACAGUUAGAGGAGAGACGACUGCGGCAGCAUUUAGUUUCGGAUGAUGAACUCGAAUCUAAUCUGAGUUUGUAUAAAGUUUAUUAAUUUCCCUCUUUUAUUGUUAAAUUCUUCCGAAAUGAUAGAAUAGUUUUUCAAGUUAAUCUCAACAACUCAGGUUGUACAGAACUGAUUUAAAUUUCUGACAGGUGUUCAAAUUUCUAAAUAAUCUGAUCACUAUAUAAUUUGACACAUUUUAAAGUUUACACACUUAAGUCUGGUAGAAAAAAGAGAAUAUAUAGUUUUUUAAGUUGUAAAUAAUAGUUAUACUUGUACAAUUUGUCAAUAAAUAGAAUACAUUUUUUAAAUUAAA